CAGCCCGACUGACGGUAACGGGGCGCCCGGCGGCUCGGCCCUGCAGCGGGUGCGGGACCGGAAGAUAAACAGCGGCUCAGGCACGACUCUCCCCCGCCUGCGGCUGGUCCGUAGCCACGACUUUUGGGGUCGCAACUGCUCCACCCUGCCGGCUCUCGAAGCGCCCUGGUGACGCUGCAGCAAGCGGGGCGGGUGUUCUUGCUUUCUAACUCAGUUGAGACAAUGACCAACUUUGAAAAGAACUUCCAUCAGGAAAUGGUUUCCCAGCUGCAUAAUUUUGCUGCGGUUGGAGACACAGCCAGGCUGAAAGCAUUGCUCAGCCGUUCUCCAUCACUGCUCAAUGCGACUGCAGGUAACGGCUGGACAGCCCUGAUGUACGCUGCAAGAAAUGGACACUUGGAUGUUGUGCGGAUUCUUCUGGAAGGAGGGUGUGAUAAGUCCAUCGUUAAUAAAUCAAGGCAGACAGCUCUGGACAUUGCUAAAUUUUGGGGGUACAAGCACAUUGCUAAUUUGUUGGCUAAUGCAAAAGGAGGACAGAAGCCUGAUUUUCUGCCAGCUGAAAUGAAAGGAUAUUCAAAUUAUUUUGGCACAACGCUUCUGGACCGAAGAAGUGAUAAAAGAAUAGAUUCCAAGUGGCUAAGCAAAAAGCAGAGCCAUCCAGCUACAGUAUACAUACUUUUUUCAGACCUAAGUCCAUUGGUUACUCUGAGUGGGGGAGCAGAGAAGUUGGAGCAGCCAGAAGUCAGGCUUUGCAGACUGCACCACAAGGAUGUGGAACACUGCAUGAGCCAGACUGAUGAAGUCACCUUGAUUUUUCUUGGAGUUGAUCUGCAGUUGCACACAAGUCUUUUGACUGCUCACAAUGGGAAGGUCCUACAAGAAGGUGAUGAUGAUGAUGGGCUCAUUGCUUGGUUUGCUCUUAGCGUAAAUCCUACUUCUGCUGAGAGAUUUAAACAGAAGCAUGAGGACUGUUACUUUCUUCAUCCACUGAUGCCAGCACUACUGCAGCUACCUGAAAACGAAGCUGGAGUAGUAGCCCAGGCUAGAUCUAUUCUAGCAUGGCACAGCCGCUACCGUUUCUGCCCAACUUGUGGGAGCGCAACCAGGAUUGAAGAAGGUGGCUACAAGAAAACUUGUGUAAAAGAAGAUUGUCCCAGCCUCCAAGGUGUUCAUAACACGUCAUAUCCAAGAGUUGAUCCUGUUGUGAUAAUGCAAGUCAUUCACCCGGAUGGGAAUCACUGCCUUUUAGGUAGACAGAAGAGGCUUCCCCCAGGAAUGUUUAGCUGUCUUGCUGGAUUUGUAGAACCUGGAGAAACAAUAGAAGAUGCUGUUCGAAGAGAAGUAGAAGAGGAAACUGGAGUCAAAGUUGGCCAUGUUCAGUAUGUCUCUUGUCAGCCAUGGCCAAUGCCCUCCUCCCUAAUGAUUGGCUGCUUAGCUGUUGCAGUGUCUACAGAAAUUAGAGUUGACAAGAAUGAAAUAGAGGAUGCCCGCUGGUUCACUAGAGAACAAGUUGUGGAUGUUCUCAUUAAAGGAAAUCAGCGUUUGUUCUUUGUACCACCGAGUCAAGCUAUUGCACACCAGUUGAUAAAACAUUGGAUUGGGAUGAAUGCUAAUCUUUGAAUUAAAUUCUUUCUUCUAAUGAAUUCUAAAAUUAGGAGUGAAUUUAAAAGAACUGCUUAUCUGUUGUUUCUGCAACCACGUGAAUUCUUUCCUUAGGUUUCUGAGAUAUACUACGCAAAUCUUUACAUAUUUUUUUCAGAUCUGAGUGAAAACUGAGGGAAACUCAGUGAAUAUCCCAAGGAAGCAGACAACAUAUAGACAGAAUGAAUAUUUUAUUGUGCCCAGCUACUUUUUUUGCAUGUGUGAUUUUUUUAUCAAAUUACUGUGUCUGUCAUUGUUAUGCUCUUGAUGUUGAUUCUAUCCCUCCCUGGAAGGAGUUACUGCAUUACAGGAAGGCCUAACCUUUACUUUAGUCUGAACUCUGCAUUUAUAUCCUCCAGUUUUCUCAUACUAGUAUUCUCAUUUUUUCCUAUCUCCUCUUUUUAAUUUCUACAUGGCACAGAAAACACAAAUGUUCAGUGUUGAAACUCCUGUCAGUAACAGUUAUUUUUGAGCUAAUAGCACCAUUGAGUGGUGUACCUUUUAUCUCUUACAUGAAGAACAUUCUAAGCAGAACAUUUAUUCCUGCAGAUCCCCCAGUCUGAUUUUGCCAGCAUUUAAUCAGUUGUGUGAACUUGAAUUUAAAUUUCUAACACAGCACUCUGUUUAUGAAAAGUGCACUGGAAAAUCUUUCCAAAAAUCCUAAGUGUCUUUAUAUAAGAUAAUGUACUUAGUGACUGACAGAAAUGGAAUUGCGGAGUAAUGGAGGAGAAAAGUAGAUUAUUUAAAAGACGUGAAAAUAAAUACAAAGCUGUUCUAUAGAAAUUGGGAUGGUAGGUUGUUACUGCUAUUAAGAAUUUACAGUUGAUAGAGUUAUAAUCAACCCCAGCUGUAUGAUUGAGAAGGCAAUAUACUAAUUACUUACUUAAGUGUUUUAAAUGCUGUAGUUCAGAUUUGUGCCUUAAUUUAUUGUUAUUGAAGGAAUAUAAGCUUGUAUGAAAUGGAAAUGGAAGGUUAUAAAAGUAUACAGUUAUUAAUGUCAUUAUUUUAUGAAUCAGUACUCUGUAAUGGUGCAGCAUAUAAAAAGAAAUACAAAUGGCCAGGAGGCAGUGGGGGUCAUAAGAAUUAGCUUACUAUUAAAUAGUGCUUUGUAUGUUCAGAAUAAUAUGAAUAUUUUUUUAAUCAAUGUAAAAUUUGUUUCAAAAUUC